UGUAUAGCUAUGAGUCCACCAAUUAUAUUAUUGACAUUAAAACCUUAUUGAAUAUAAGUAUAUACACAAGGCAACAAAAAUAGCCGACGAUAUCGGACAAUAAUGUUGAUACGACAAGGUGCCUGGUGGCUCCGCAGGCCCGAAAGCGUGUUUGAUAAGGAAAGGUGAUAACACACAAGAAUGUUGAAAUUUAGUAUCUGCUUAAGUAAUUACAAAACUAAAUUACAAAUCUGCAAACCCAGCACGAAAUGGAAGGCCAUAAUUUGUGUGAACAAGGUGAGCAAAGUUGCCACGAGCACCUAUCAGCUGAAGUUGUGGUGGUGAUGGUACCCUUUCCGGCACAAGGCCAUCUCAACCAACUCCUCCAUCUCUCUCAUCUCAUUAUCUCUUACAGGCUACCAGUACACUACGCUGGGUCCUCCUCCCACAACCGCCAAGCCAAACUCCGCCUUCAAGGCUGGGACUUGCAAAUUCUUAGCAAAAUUCAUUUCCACGACCUUGAACUACCGUCGUACAACUGCCCUCCUCCCAACCCGGACAACUCUGUGGGUUUCCCUACGCACCUCCAACCACUUUUCGAUGCUUCUGUACAUCUACAUCAGCCUGUUACCCAACUCUUACAGCAACUGUCAAGUAAGUUCAGGAGAGUUGUUGUGAUUCAUGAUAGUAUGAUGACUUCUGUGGUACAAUGUAUAAAAACCAUCUCCAAUGCUGAAACCUAUGCCUUCAUUCCUGUAUCUGCCUUCACUUUUUUCUUCAAUUCUUGGGAUAAAAUACAGCCAAAACCUUUUCUGCUAGGUUCAGAAGUACCGAAAUCCAUUCCCUCCAAUGACGGGUGUUUUGCACCUGAGAUUUCAUACUUGGCAGUCCUGCAGAGGAGUAUGUUAGGACUUGAGUCAGGAAGACUGUAUAACACAUCCAAGGUGAUGGAAAGUAAAUACAUCCAACUGUUGGAGAAGCUAACAACAAAUAUUAAGAUAAAGCACUUUGCAAUUGGACCUUUAAAUCCAGUGGAAAUGAAAAGAAGAAAGGAACAACAUAGACAUAUAUGCCUGGAAUGGCUAGACAAACAGGUGACGAGUUCAGUGAUAUACAUAUGUUUUGGAUCAACAACAUCAAUGACAGAUGAGCAGAUCAUGGAAAUGGCGCUAGGAUUGGAAAGAAGUGGGCAAAACUUUAUAUGGGUGCUUAGAAGGGCUGAUACAGGUGAUGUUUUUACAGUUGGUGAAGUCGGGAAACCUCAGCUGCCAGAAGGAUAUGAAGAUAGAGUGAAAAACAGAGGAAUGGUGGUAAGAGAUUGGGCACCCCAGCUUGAAAUUCUAGCACAUCCAUCUACAGGUGGGUUCAUGAGUCACUGUGGGUGGAAUUCGUGCAUGGAAAGCAUCAGCAUGGGAGUGCCAAUCGCAGCAUGGCCUAUGCAUUCUGACCAACCAAGGAAUGCCUUUUUGGUGACAGAUGUGCUAAAAAUUGGUACACUGGUGAGGGAUUGGACACACCGUGCUGAGGUGGUGCCAUCGAAUACUAUAGAUUAUGCAUUGAGAACAUUGAUGGCUUCAGAGGAAGGAAUGGAAAUGCGGAAAAGAGCUGCAGAACUAGGUGAUUCUGUUCGAGCAUCAGUUGCUAAAGAUGGUGCUUCUCGCUUAGAGAUGGAUUCAUUCAUUUCUCAUAUCAUCAGAUAAUAUUGACUGCACAAUUCUUGAUGACAGAGGAAACCUUUCACAUUUCACUGAAUCAGUUAGUUGUUUUAUGUUCAGAAGUCUCUAUGAAACAGUGUGCCUUGUCUUCCUAAAUUUACAUUUUCAGAAAUUUAUCAGACAUGCUUUGUUAAGUUUUAAUGUUACUUUUCGUCCUA